AUGGCUGUGGAAGCUACCAUCAUGGAUUUCAUUCCGCGAUACACAGAGUAUCAGCAGACUCGAGAUCACACCGAGUCUUUGAUUCGCGACCUCAUGAUUCAUUGCGAAGAAAUGGAAACGAAGCUUCGCCAGGAAAAUCGCGCCCUCAUUGCCCAACUGAACAAUGCCCGGCUAGAUUACGAAGAUUCUGUCACGUCACGCCGAGAGCUCCAGCAACGUAUCAAGGAACUGCAAGACAAGUACGACUUUGUUUCGCAAGAUAACACCGUGCUAAAACAUCGUAACCCAUAUGUAUUGGUUCUCAUUGACGGCGAUGGGUUGAUUUUCAAGGAGCAUUUGAUCAAGCAAGGCCUCGAGGGCGGAAAGAAAGCUGCCUACACCCUCCGAGAGUCGGUCGUUGCACUAUGCGACAACCCGGACGAGACGGAGAUUAUCACCAGGAUCUACGCCAAUUUGACCGGCCUCAACAAAGCCAUGAAACGCGACGGGUCGGUCGACAGCGAGAACGACCUUAAGGACUUCAUGUUGGGAUUUACGCAAGCCAAAGCCUCGUUUGAUUUUGUUGACGUCGGCCACGGUAAGGAACGGGCCGAUACCAAGAUUAAAGAAAGCGCUCGUUGGAACCUCCGCAACUACAACUGCAAGCAGAUCCUGUUGGGUGUGUCCCAUGACGCUGGAUACGCUCCUUUCCUCGACGAGGUUCUUCGAGAUGAUAGCACUAGGAGACGCGUCACCAUCCUCGAGGGGUAUCCCACCGUCCGAGAGAUUAUCUCCACCGGUGUGGGCGUUUUGAAUUUUGACAGCAUCUUCCGAAACGACAAGUUGAUUAGUCGAACUCCGCCACCUGCCUACUCAACGCCGCACAGUGCCUCGUAUGCUACAGUAACCCAGAAGGCCAGCCCUCCCCCAACGAUUAUCCUCCCAUUAGCUCCCAAAGCCACCACUCCGACUGUUCGCGCUGCCAGUAAGGUGGCUCCGGUGCAGCAGCCGCCCUGGACCCCCGGUCCCCGUGGUCUGGAUCCCCCCAUUCCGAUCAACCAGUCGGUCCUUGACCAAAUCAAGAAACGAAAAGAGAACGAUAAAUUAUGCAACAACCAUUACCUGCGAGGACCAUGCGCCAAGGGGGACUCUUGCUGUUUUGAGCACGACUACAAGCCCAAUGCAGACGAGCUCAAGGCAAUUUCGUUCCUCGCUCGCUUGAAUCCUUGCACCAAUGGGCAGGACUGUGAAGUGGACAACUGCAUCUAUGGCCAUCACGUAAGAUCAGCCCCAUUUUACCCUCCCCCAGCACUCGGCGGCCAUCAGGCACGAAUGUGCCAUGGAUGUCCCGACUGCGUCGACUGA